GUUUUGGCUGGUCGCCCGAUGGGGAGACCUAAACACUAGACCUAAAAUGGUCACCCUUGUCUUUAUUUACCUCUGGGAAGUUUCAAUUUCCAUCUCAAUUCUUGGAUCGAGUAAGCCAAAUCCACUCGCCCAUUUGUGUUGGCAUUCCGGAUUCCAGAUUCCUGAGGAAUUCAAAAGUCGGCCAUGCCUCUAGCCGAUACCUCUAGGAUGCAUUCCCAAAAGCUCAUUGACAGUGACAUUCCUGAGAUCCGCGUCAAAACUGCAUUUAGCGGACAAAUCUUCAUCACCUACAUUGACCAUGGGAUCACGUUCGAUCAGCUGACUCUGGAGAUGCGCGACAUUUGCGGUUUCCACCAGAACUAUCCCUUCACCAUGAAGUGGGUCGAUGAAGAGGGAGAUCCGUGCACUUUGAACUCUCAAAUCGAGCUAGACGAGGCCAUUCGAUUGUACGAGGUUAACAAGGAGGCCGAACUCACCGUGCACGUGUUCCCAGGGAAGCCGUUGGCUCCAGGAAUGCCAUGUCAAGGCGAGGAUCGGAGCAUCUACCGCCGAGGAGCCCGGAGAUGGAAAAAGCUCUACAAGGUCAACGGACAUAUCUUUCAGGCCAAACGCUUCAACCGACGAGCUUCCUGUGCGUAUUGCCAUGACCGAAUUUGGGGCUUGGGGCGUCAGGGCUUCAAGUGCACCCAAUGUAAGUUGCUCAUUCACAAGAAGUGUCACAAACUGAUCCGUGUGGUUUGUGAUGUCAACCAAGUGGCCAAUUUGCCUUUACAUCGCCGCCAAACCAGCAGCAUUGGAUCUGGAAAUGGAACUCCCGAGCCGUCCUUGACUUCUAUCCAAGUGGAUAAUACCCAAGAUGAUGCCAGUAAUAACCACGAGGUUGUUCCCAUUGAAGACGUUCCCCCUCCUGCCUACUCCGAGAAGAGUUCGAGUAAAAUGAUAUCCUUGGCGGAUUUCGAAUUGAUUCGAGUGAUCGGUCGGGGCUCCUAUGCCAAAGUUUUAAUGGUUGAACUGAAGAAGACCAACCGCAUUUAUGCCAUGAAAGUGAUCAAAAAAGAGCUCGUCACCGAUGAUGAGGACAUUGAUUGGGUUCAAACGGAGAAACACGUGUUCGAGACGGCCACCAACCAUCCUUUCCUGGUCGGGCUUCACUCGUGCUUCCAAACGCCCUCCAGAUUGUUCUUUGUGAUCGAAUUUGUUCGAGGUGGAGAUCUAAUGUUCCAUAUGCAAAGACAACGGAGGCUUCCAGAAGAACACGCCCGAUUCUAUUCCGCUGAGAUUUGUCUGGCUUUAAAUUUCCUCCAUGAACGAGGGAUCAUUUAUCGCGACUUGAAAUUGGACAACGUGUUGUUGGAUCACGAAGGCCACAUCAAGUUGACAGAUUAUGGCAUGUGCAAAGAAGGAAUCAAAGGAGGGGAUACCACCUCCACAUUCUGUGGAACUCCAAACUACAUUGCUCCAGAAAUCUUGCGCGGAGAAGACUAUGCCUUCUCAGUGGAUUGGUGGGCUUUGGGUGUUCUUUUGUACGAGAUGUUAGCCGGCAGGUCACCCUUUGAUGUGGUUGGUGCCACGGAUAAUCCAGAUCAAAACACCGAAGAUUAUCUUUUCCAAGUGAUUUUGGAGAAGACCAUUCGCAUCCCGAGGUCACUGAGUGUAAAAGCAGCCGCCAUAUUGAAGGGCUUCCUGAACAAGAAUCCAUUGGAACGCUUGGGUUGCCACAAGGAGAAUGGAUUUAUGGAGAUCAUGUCCCACCCAUUCUUCAAGACCAUCGAAUGGGAACUGCUGGAACAGAAACAAAUCUCCCCACCCUAUCGACCCCGGUUAGAAUCCGAGCGGGAUUUGGCCAAUUUCCCGCCUGAGUUCACCGAUGAGCCCGUUCAUUUGACUCCAGACGACAACACGUUAAUCAACCAAAUAGACCAAACCGAGUUCGAAGGGUUCGAAUACGUCAAUCCGUUGCUCAUGUCAGGCGAGGAAUUGGUCUGAUUAUCUUCCGGUCAUGGCACGCCUAUUUGACCCGCCCAAUCAUGAUCAUGGUCUUCAAGCAUUUUGAGCAUUGAUUUUUCUUUAGACUAAGUGCCCGUGCUGUCCAAGUAUUUUUAGACUAUGGCCAGUUUCAACACGAGAAGCCGUCAAAAAUUGGUGGUGAAUAUGACUUUUAGAUUCCCGUUUUUGCCGAUCUGCGUCGAUGGAGUGCCAUCCACGAUGUAUGGAUCGGUUUUGUUCAAUCGCGACUACUUAGUAAUUGUCACUACUACGUACCCAUUAUAUCUGCAUCCUUAUACUGAAUAAAUGACUUCUAGCUA